AUGGCGCAGCAAAAAUCAGCAAUUCUGUCGGUCUACGACAAAACCGGUCUUUUGGACCUCGCCAAAGGCCUUUCGCAGCACAAUGUUCGUCUGCUCGCAUCUGGGGGCACAGCCAAAUUGAUCCGGGAAGCGGGACUUGCUGUUGAGGACGUCUCCGCCAUCACCAAUGCCCCCGAAAUGCUCGGUGGUCGUGUCAAGACCCUCCACCCCGCCGUCCACGGUGGCAUCCUUGCCCGCAACAUCGAGUCCGACGAGAAAGAUCUUGCCGAGCAAAAGAUCAACAAGGUCGACUACGUCGUCUGCAAUCUGUAUCCCUUCAAGGACACAAUCGCAAAGCCCAACGUGACCAUUUCAGAAGCCGUUGAGGAAAUUGAUAUUGGCGGUGUGACCCUCCUUCGUGCCGCCGCUAAGAACCAUGCGCGAGUCACCAUCUUGUCAGACCCGACUGACUACCCGGAAUUCCUCAAGGAGCUCGAGGCCGGCGAGGUCUCGGAGCAGACUCGCAAAGUCUUUGCUCUCAAGGCCUUUGAGCAUACUGCAGACUACGACACCGCUAUCUCGGCCUACUUCCGCAAGCAAUACGCCGGUGAAGGUGUUCAGCACUUGUCUCUUCGCUACGGAACAAACCCGCACCAGAAGCCGGCGGCCGCGUAUGUCCCUGAGGGCAAAUUGCCGUUCAAGGUGCUCGGUGGUUCCCCGGGUUACGUCAACCUCCUUGACUCCUUGAACGCCUGGCCCCUUGUGAAGGAGUUGAAGCAAGCUUUGGGUCUCCCAGCGGCAGCUAGCUUCAAGCACGUUUCCCCCGCCGGUGCAGCUAUUGGCGUUCCACUCACCGAGACGGAACGCAAAGUGUAUUUCGUCGAUGACAUUGCAGGCAUUGAAUCGUCUGGUCUUGCCCAAGCCUAUGCUCGUGCCCGCGGAGCUGACCGCAUGUCAAGUUUCGGUGACAUCAUUGCACUCAGCGACAAGGUCGAUGUGCCAACCGCAAAGAUUAUCUCACGGGAAGUCUCCGACGGCGUGAUCGCUCCCGACUACGAGCCACAGGCCCUUGAGAUCCUCAAGAAGAAGAAAGGAGGCAAAUACCUCGUUCUCCAGAUUGAUGAGACCUACACGCCCCCCUCAAUCGAGACUCGCACUUUGUACGGAGUCCAACUCGAGCAAGGCCGAAACGACUUCACCGUCUCCCCCAACAAGACUUUCAGCACCAUCAUCACACCCAAGGAUACAAAGACGCUGCCAGAAUCUGCCCUGCGAGACUUGACCGUGGCCACCAUCGCCCUUAAAUACACUCAAUCCAACUCCGUCUGCUACGCGCUGAACGGACAAGUCAUCGGCCUCGGCGCCGGCCAACAAAGCCGUAUCCACUGCACGCGUCUUGCAGGCGACAAGGCUGAUAAUUGGUGGAUGCGAUUCCACUCGCGCACGCUCAACAUCAAGUGGAAAGCAGGCGUCAAGCGGGCCGAUAAGAGCAAUGCCAUCGACAUGCUCACCUCAGGACAAGUCCCGCCACGCAACGAGGUCGAGAAGGCCGAGUAUGAGCGAGUUUUCGAGGAGGGACAGGUGCCCGCCCCCUUCACAGCCGAGGAAAGAGAAGCUUGGUUGCAGCAAUUGACCAAUGUGGCGGUUUCGUCGGAUGCGUUCUUCCCCUUCAUUGAUAACGUUUUCAGAGCCGCACGUUCUGGUGCCAAGUAUAUCGCUGCCCCCAGUGGAAGUCAGAAUGAUGGCCCUGUCUUUGAGACGGCUGAGAAACUUGGUAUUACCUUUGUUGAGCAGAGUACUCGUUUGUUCCAUCAUUAA